CUGCAACAAAAGCUGCAUUACUUUGAGUGGGAACACUUUGCAUUAACCAUCGUCAUAGUAGUGCCUUUUACUGAAGUAGCACCUCCCACCUUAGGUUUUCAAGAUGCUUUUGAGGACAUUUCAUUAGGUCUGUGGGAUAGAGGUCAGGGGAAAAGUUCUUUGCAGCAACUGCUUCGAGAACGACAGCAGAUGGCCAGCCGUCCGUUUGCUUCUGUUGAUGUUGCACUGGAAGUAGGAGCUGAACAAACAGAGUUUCUGCGAGGGCCAUUAGAGGGAGCACCCAAACCCAUAGCCAUUGAACCAUGUGCCGGGAACAGAGCUGCUGUUCUGACUGUUUUCCUUUGUCUACCACGAGGAUCAUCAGGUGCCCCUCCUCCUGGACAGUCAGGCCUUGCAAUUGCCAGUGCCCUAAUAGAUAUUUCACAACAGAAGCCUUCAGAUAGUAAAGACAAGACUUCAGGAGUCCGAAAUCGAAAACACCACCUUUCAACACGUCAAGGAACUUGUGUCUGAGAAACAGAAACUGCUCCUGGAUAUUCUGAAAUGUUUUGAUUUUGUAAAUGGCUUCCAUUAAGGCUGGUCUAUGGCCUCAGUUUUUAUGGAGGCAAAUCUCUGUAUGGUCCCAGGGCUCAAGUACAGUUCCCUCCAAAAGGGCAAUGACCCGAGUGGCCAGAGAAUGUUCGUGACUUUUAUGAAAGUAACAGUAUUGAUGGUCAUGGGUGAUAAAGUCAGUUUUUACGACUCUCUUAGGCUUAUCAUAGAUAACAUUAAAUUACGCUGGAAAAAGAUGUAUAUUGUUUCUUAAUGCAGAUGAAAAUAUGUAAUUCAUAUAAACCCAACUGUUUAUAUCCCAAGACUUUAAAGAAAGACAUUUUAUAAUGCCUGGAUGAUGAGAAUUGUACAGUUUUUGCCUCAUAAGCAAACUUAAAUCACUUGUAUAUGAACAGAAAAUGAACAAAUUGCAAUGGCUUUAAAUGUUGUUUUAUCUCACUGUAAAUAUAAAAGCAAGAUUUGGGUUUAGUGGGAUGUAAGGUAGUGUAUUUAAAUAUUCCACAUGACCAUAUCGUGUCCACACUCAGUUUGAGAAUGUGACUAUUUUCCACCUAACUGGAAUGCAGACCAAAAUGAGUCCAUUUGGAUGGAUGGUAUGUGCAACUUCACAGGAGGUUUAUUAGAAUUCUGAGUGAAAAGGACGUUCCUGUCAUCCUUGCCAACUGCCUAACUCAUUAUCAGAGCUGAUAGAGCAUGGAAAAACCUGUCCAGCAAUCAAUUUUUCCCCUCCUUCCAAAAACCCUCCAAUACCAAACCUGAAGAGAGCUGAAAUGGUUAUUUUACUGUGUGCAAGCUUCAGCUCUACUGUGGUAAUUUUUUUAAUUGCCUAGGAAUCAUUGGAUCAGACCUAAAUGACCCAUCUGCAUUUUUGUAAGAACAGACCAUCUUCUGUUGGCCUUCCUCUCCUAGCUGCUAGAUUUUUAUCUACCUUUUACAAAUAUCAUGAGAAGUAUUUUAGAGGUGACACCUCCCAAGUUUUAAUAUGAUCCAGGUUCCUUCUUGCCAACUAUCCACUUAGAAUACAAGUAGAGAAGAGCUGGCAAGGGUCUAUAGUAUUCUUAUUUCUAACCUGAACACGUUGAUGUCACAAGAGUAAGUCUUCAGUUUAAAAAAUAAGUUGAUCGUUGCCUACAUUGAGCAUAUUCUUAACGAUUCACGAAUCUGAAUCAUGGCAGAAAGGAGAAAUGAUUUAAAAGAGCUUUCACAUUGGGACAUAGAAUCCUGUGUGGCCUCAUUUUGACAACAGUUCCCUAGAACUCAGUAGCAUUAACAGAUCUUGUUUGAAACUCUUUCUUCCCUUCAGGGUGACUACAGGAUAUAUGUAGAAAGCAGUGACAGAAAUAUCCCAAGCUGCCUCCUACAAUACAGCUUCAUUCACUAUGAAAGUCAUUUAAAUAUAAUUGAUGUUUAGUACUAUCUAUGUACUUUUCAUGGUUCUUUGGAUUUCUGGAAGGUAAUGACACUUUACUGUUUACAGCUAAUGCAUAGUUCCUUGCAUGGUGUGAUCGUGCAGUAGCGGAAUAUGACCCUAUUGUGAUAUUCAAUGUUAUUUCAUGAUGCCAUUUAUACAUAGUCAGCUUCAUUUGAUGAGGAUUGAAUGUACUAUAUAACAGGAAUGAUCAUACAAUAGGUAGUUGCAUCAUAUAUAAGAUUGCUAGGUUGCAUCAAGCCAUGACUAUCAUUGUUUUGAUAAUUAGGCACUUGUUAACUAUAGUAUAUAUUCCUUAUGUUGGCAUGAUCAUUUUCCUAUUUUCUAUGCAUUAAAAAUAAGACUAAUUCUUAGAAUAAUUUUAUCUAUAGCCUGUGGGUUUUUUGGGAGAGGGAGCGGGAGUGGAGCUGGUUGUUUUUGCCUCCCUGUGAUAUUAUACCUCUCAAAAAAAAAAAAAAAACAGUGAGCAAAGUUUGUAAAUGUCUCCUAAAAACAAGUAAUUUUAUUAGCUUCUUUUUGGACCCUUUAAAUGUUGAUUUUUCUCCUGGAGAAAUAAAUUGACAAAACUGGUGA